AUGGAUAACGUGGUUAGUUCAGCUUCAAUUCCGAUAUCAGAUUCCUUGCUGGCGAUCUAUUGUACCGGUAACUCGGAACUAGUAACUGAAGAGCCAGUGGGCAUCACGGACCUUUCAUUACUCUAUAUCCCAUUCAAAUUUUUACCCCCACUACACUCGAUGGGUACUCUAACGUCCUUUCAAUGCAAUUUGAUGAAGCCAACGGUGUACGCUAUUCAAACUGAAUGGAAUUGGCCACGACAAUACUACGCUUUAAACCAAAUAGCCGUCACAGCAAAUUGA